GUGAUUAGCUGCCACCUGCCUGGGGUGUCUUCUGAGAGGAACUAACCUCUUUGUGGUGCUAGAGCAAGGUCACUGGAUUAAAAAAAGAACAGGUAACCAUCUUAUUCCUUGUCUGAAAAGUUCUGUUUUUAAAUUAAUAAAUGCAAAAUGUUCAAAGGAAGAUGAACUGCUGUUUAAAGAAAGUUUCUAAUUUUCUCCUCAGAAACAAGUAAAGUGGACUAUGUCCUCCUUCAAGCUGCCACAGCCAUAAUGGAAGCAGUUGUCCGAGAGUGGAUUCUCUUGGAAAAAGGUAGCAUCGAGUCACUGCGAACAUUCCUUUUAACAUAUGUCUUACAGAGGCCUAACCUCCAAAAGUAUGUUCGGGAACAGAUUCUAUUAGCAGUAGCAGUAAUUGUAAAACGAGGAUCCUUAGAUAAAUCAAUUGACUGCAAAAGCAUUUUUCAUGAAGUCAGCCAGUUGAUAAGUAGUGGCAAUCCCACUGUGCAAACUCUGGCCUGUUCUAUUCUAACUGCACUAUUGAGUGAAUUCUCAAGUUCAAGUAAAACUAGCAACAUUGGACUCAGUAUGGAAUUCCAUGGUAACUGCAAAACAGUUUUUCAGGAAGAAGACCUUCGACAGAUCUUCAUGUUAACGGUUGAAGUUCUUCAGGAGUUCAGCAGGCGGGAAAACCUCAAUGCUCAGAUGUCUUCGAACAUUUGCUGCCUAUUGAUAGAUUGA